CCCCAGUGUGUGGGCGUGCCAGCAGGCAAGAUGGCCGCGCAGGCGCUCGCUCUGCUGCGGGAGGUGGCGCGGCUGGAGGCGCCGCUGGAGGAGCUGCGGGCUCUGCAGUCGGUGAUUCAGGCCGUGCCGCUGGGCGAGCUGCGGGAGCAUUCGGCAGACCUGCGCCUGGGGCCCCUCUUCUCCCUGCUAAACCAGAACCUUCGGGAACAGACGGAUUUAUGUGUAUCCAUUCUGGAGAGAUUCCUCCAAGCUAUGGAGCCAGUUCACGUGGCCAGGAACCUCAGGGUUGACCUACAAAGGGGACUGACUCAUCCUGAUGAUUCUGUCAAAAUCCUUACUCUGUCCCAGGUUGGAAGAAUUGUUGAACAUUCAGAUGCUGUCACUGAGAUUCUGAAUAAUGCUGACCUAUUAAAACAAAUUGUUUAUUGCAUUGGUGGAGAGAAUCUAUCUGUAGCUAAAGCGGCUAUCAAAUCCCUGUCAAGGAUAUCAUUAACCCAAGCUGGGCUGGAGGCCUUGUUUGAAAGCAACCUGCUGGAUGAUUUAAAAACUGUAAUGAAGAUAAGUGACAUUGUUCGGUACAGGGUCUAUGAGCUAAUUGUGGAGAUUUCUUCUGUGUCCCCUGAGUCUUUAAACUACUGUACCACAAGUGGAUUAGUGACCCAGCUCCUGAGAGAGCUGACUGGCGAGGAUGUACUGGUCAGAGCCACUUGUAUAGAGAUGGUGACAUCACUGGCAUAUACCCAUCAUGGACGACAAUACCUUGCUCAAGAAGGAGUAAUUGACCAGAUUUCUAAUAUAAUUGUUGGUGCAGAUUCAGACCCUUUCUCUAGUUUCUAUUUGCCAGGAUUCGUGAAGUUUUUUGGAAACCUGGCUGUCAUGGAUAGCCCUCAGCAGAUUUGUGAACGUUAUCCUGUCUUUGUGGAAAAAGUGUUUGAAAUGACAGAGAGUCAGGAUCCCACCAUGAUUGGUGUAGCUGUAGACACAAUCGGAAUCCUGGGGUCCAAUGUUGAAGGGAAACAGGUUUUACAGAAAACAGGAACUCGCUUUGAACGAUUGCUCAUGAGAAUAGGAUAUCAAGCAAAGAAUGCUUCUGCGGAGCUGAAAAUACGAUGUUUGGAUGCAGUCUCCUCUCUUCUGUAUUUAGCACCUGAGCAGCAGACUGAUGACCUCCUGAGAAUGACAGAGUCAUGGUUUUCCUCUUUGUCAAGGGACUCGCUGGACCUCUUCCGUGGGAUCAGUAAUCAGCCCUUCCCUGAACUACACUGUGCUGCCUUAAAAGUGUUCACAGCCAUUGCAAACCAACCCUGGGCUCAGAAACUUAUGUUCAACAGUCCAGGUUUUGUGGAAUAUGUGAUGGACCGGUCUGUGGAACAUGACAAAGCUUCGAAGGAUGCCAAAUAUGAACUGGUGAAAGCCCUUGCCAAUUCCAAAACAAUUGCAGAAAUCUUUGGGAAUCCAAAUUAUUUGAGGCUUAGAACAUACCUAAGUGAAGGUCCAUACUAUGUGAAACCUGUUUCCACAACGGCAGUAGAAGGAGCUGAUUGAGUUUUUCUAGAGUCUGAUGUAGGGGACCAUGUUUUUACCUGGACUUCUCCUAAGGCAUUUGGCUCCAUCAUAUUUUGGAAAACAGAGACUUCCCUCUUCCCCAAGCUAUCAUGGAGUGUCUGACGUAACUUUUAUCACCAACGUUGUUUCUUUCCAUGUUGUUGAGAUACAACAUAGAACCAAGAGCAAGCAGACAUGAUCAAAAGAGAACUAGUGUUUUUCAGAUUCCUCUGACUGCCUUAAUCUUUCCAGUAAGGUAAAAGUUUUGUUCUUAGGGAAUUUCCAUGGACGUAUUCAUGUUCUUAUUUAUAAAUAUGCUUCAAAAUAAACCAAAGUAUUUCAGAA